AUGGCCGCAUCUACCGCCCACGAGUUCCUUCAGCGUUAUGAGCGGGUUAAAGCGGUUGAACAGUCAAGAAAUGAGCUAAUUGAGGAUCUUCUCAGACGGGUUGCUGAGCUCGAAAAUGCAUAUCAACAAACCCGACUAGACCAUGAACGUGAAUCUCGCUUUAAUCGUGAAGUGCAAAUGCAUGAAAUGGAGUUAAUGAAACAGAUAACUACUAUGGAAGCUUUGAUGGAACAAGAACCUUUCCUCCUUAUUUUGCUGGACGGUGAUGGUAUGAUAUUUCAAGAUCCCUUCCUGCAACAGGGUGAACAGGGUGGUAAGGAUGCUGCAAACCAGCUUUGGGCUUCGAUCCGUGAAUAUGCCUCGCGAAAUCUUCCCAAUAUACCGUCGCCAAAAAUUAUAGCAAGAGUAUAUGCAAAUGUCAAGGGGCUGGCUGAUGCGUGCUAUAAAGCUGGCAUUAUUGAGCGCCCUGGCCUGGUUGAAGAAUUUACUCGCGGAUUCAAUGGUAGUAGACUGUUGUUUGAUUUUGUAGAUGUGGGGAGCGGUAAAGAUAGAGCCGACGAUAAGAUCUCUGAGGUUUUUAAGCUCCAUUUAUACAACUGUCACUGUCACCAAAUAUUCCUGGGCUGUUCUCAUGAUAACGGCUAUGCGAGGCUUCUUGAAGAUACUUUAGCGGAUCGAGAACUUAUCGGACGGAUAUCUUUAAUUGAAGGCGUCCCAUUCGAGCGGGAGUUAGCGCUUGUAAAAGCUUCUUACAGAGUAACUAAAUUUGAAGAGCUUUUCCGGACCUCGAAGAUAAUCACAAAUUUGCAUUUAUGGAAUGACCGGAACGCGGCGAAUAAUUCAUCCAAUGCUGCACCUUCAUCUGCACCCCUUACGGCCCUGUCUACAAAUGCACCCGUUAUCAACAACCUUGGUCGCGUUCCAUCCAACUCGACAAUCCCGUUAAAUAGAGCCACCACACCAUCCACAUGGGCUGCCACAACAGCAGCAGGAGCCCAGGGUCCAUUCACGGAUUUAACAACCUCAAAGCCAAGCAGCCCUUCGCCACCCAAGGUCGAGCGCAAUAAAUACGGCCAACGCGUGGACCGCCUGGAUUUCAAAUCCAUCCCCAAGGAUGAAUUAAACCGCGUGAAGAAGCUAAAAUUAUGCAACCUAUACUAUUUGCUCGGUGACUGCCCGAACUUAAGCUGCUAUCAUACACACGAUCAUAAAUUGACCAAGAAUGAGCGCAUGGUUUUGCAUGCCGUCGCGCGGAUGACACCUUGUCGAUUCGGCACUGAAUGCGAUGAUCCUGGCUGUAUAUAUGGUCACCGCUGCCCACAGAGUGAGGCGGGCAAGAAGGAUUGCUUCUGGGGCUCUAAUUGUCGAUUCGACACCGCUGCUCAUGGAAUUGAUACUAAAAUUGUGAAGGUCACCAAGGUAUAA